GGUUCAAAAGGAGAGAAAGGUGAUACAGGUUUUCCAGGAAUGCCUGGGCGAUCGGGAGACCCUGGCAGAAGUGGGAAAGAUGGAUUACCAGGAAGUCCUGGUUUCAAGGGAGAAGUCGGACAGCCUGGAUCUCCAGGCUUAGAAGGACAUCGGGGAGAGCCCGGAAUUCCUGGAAUCCCUGGAAAUCAAGGAGCAAAAGGACAAAAGGGUGAAAUUGGACCACCAGGUCAACCAGGAGCAAAAGGAUCCCCAGGGGAUACUGGUUUGAUGGGACCAGAAGGCUCAUUUGGUCUACCUGGAGCUCCUGGGCCUAAGGGUGAUAAAGGCGAACCUGGAAUACAGGGGAAACCGGGAUCAUCAGGAGCCAAGGGGGACAAAGGAAACCAAGGUGAAAGUGGUAUCCAGGGACUGAAAGGGGAAAAAGGAAGACAAGGAAAUCCAGGCUUACAGGGAGUGGAAGGAUUGAGUGGAGAACGAGGAGUGAAAGGUGAGAAAGGAGAUCCAGGCGUUCGAGGCAUCAGUGGGCAAAAAGGAGAAUCUGGUAUCCAGGGUUUGGUUGGACCUCCUGGUCUCAGAGGUCAGCCAGGAGACAGAGGACCUCCAGGACCACCUGGAUCAGAUGGAAAACCUGCACGAGAAUUUUCAGAAGAAUUUAUUCGACAGGUGUGUUCAGAUGUACUGAGAACCCAGUUGCCUGCCAUCCUCCAGAGUGGAAGGCUACAAAACUGUAACCACUGUCAAUCCCAAAGUGCUUCCCCUGGACUUCCAGGACCACCAGGUCCAAGAGGCCCUGAAGGCCCAAGAGGGUUUCCUGGUUUACCAGGAAGCGAUGGCAUUCCAGGGCUGACAGGCAUCCCGGGUCGCCCUGGGGCUCGUGGGACAAGAGGACUGCCAGGGAAAAAUGGCGCAAAAGGCAAUCAAGGAGUUGGUGUUCCUGGGAUCCAAGGCCCCCCAGGACCUCCAGGUCCUGAAGGUCCACCAGGUAUGAGUAAGGAAGGACGUCCGGGAGAGCGUGGGCAGCCUGGUAAAGAUGGAGAUCGUGGCAGUCCGGGAAUGCCAGGACCAGUUGGACCCCCUGGAAUUUGUGACCCAUCACUAUGUUUUAGUGUAAUUGUGGGGAGAGAUCCAUUUAGAAAGGGACCAAAUUAUUAAUUUUUGAUACAAUUACUAAGAGGAAUAGGUAUGGUGCUUGUCUUUUGUGGUCUUUUAAGUCUCAGGAAGGUGACCAGCAAUAAUCCCAUAAGCAGGAACAGAAGUACCUCUGACAUUAUAAACAUCACAAAUAAUGAUCCCAAAGGCUAUACAUUCCUUUAGAAAAGA